AUGUUAUACUUUCUAAUCUUCGCUGUGGCGUGGAGUUCAGCUCAGCGAGCAGACAUUCCACCAGUAAAGGAUGGAGUAAUGGAACUUAAAAUGGUACAUAUUGUCUGGAGGCAUGGAGAUCGAUCGCCAACAAAAACGUUCAAGGCUGACCUGUUCCAAGAGGAUGCAUGGACGUUUGGAGGUGGCGGGUGGGGACAAUUGUCGCCGAUGGGAAUGUUUCAACAUUUAACUCUGGGAAAGAAACUUCGCAACCGAUACGUGAACGACGUCAACUCGACCUACAACUUCUUACCAAGUGUUUACGAUCAAAAGACAAUGUAUGUUCGUUCGACUGGUAUCAACAGAACUCUGAUUUCUGCUACUUCGAAUAUGCUCGGAAUGUAUGGACAAGAUGGUUACGGAAGUGCUGCUGGAACCGAUUUCCCAGACGCUCAAGGCUGGCCACGUGGAUUUGUUCCAAUUCCUAUUCAUACCGUUGACUAUGAUAGUGAUCAUAUAGGAAAUAUGGAUAGUGAUUGCCCUCGACGGGAGUGGCUCUGGAAUUUAGCUCAGCAAUCAGAGGAAGUGAAAAAUUGGAGAAAUUCUGCAGCGGUUUCAUCAACUAUUGACGAGUUAACUUCAUAUGUGAACGAAACGUGGAGUCUUGAAGACUUUUGGAUAGUUCCGGACGCAUUAUUCAUCGAACAAAUAUAUUACAAUGCAUCUCUUCGAGCUAACAAUACGUGGUUCAGUGACGACUUCUACAACCGAAUUGUAGCUGUCAAUGAUCAAAUAUACAUGUUUCAAUAUGGCAUUUUCAAUAACACAGUGACAAUGCAAAAUAUGAAUAUUGGUCUUGAGUUGCUGAAAGUAAGAUCAGGCCCUCUGAUGAAUGAUAUGAUCGACAGAAUUAACACGAAAAGUGAUUGUACUUAUUCUAAAAUUGCAACUGGAUGCGAUUGGAUCAAUGGACUCAAGUACUUCGUUUAUUCAGCUCACGAUGAAACUGUGUAUGCUGUUCUCGUUGCUCUGGGAAUCGAAAGAUUCGCAAUAAUUCCACAUGGAUAUCCUCUUUAUUCUGCAGCCGUUUCUGUUGAAUACUGGAGAAACACUACGGACAACAAUAAUUAUUUCAAGCUAGUUUACCAUAAACAGUCAGGCGACGGCUUCGAAGUUAUGACUAGCGAAAUCGAGGGAUGUAGUGGAGAUUAUUGUUCAAUGGACGUACUGGAACAAAUAGCGAGAAAACUAAAACCAGAUCAACCAAUUGAUAAAUGGUGUCUCAUCACAGAGUCAUCUAGCUCUUAUUCAGUUUCGAUCUCAUUUUUAAUGUUCGUUGCGACUACUUUAAAUUACUUGUUCAUGUAG